GGGCCUGUGAGUAACAGCUGAACACUUGUAAAGAAGACUUGGGUCUGGACUGGCCACGGGGCUUGCGCUUUGAAAGUACAAUACGUUUUCAAGCCACUCGGGGAGAGCAACAACGCGACACAAUCAGCGCAGCCAAGGAGACCGGAGAAAAACUUUCCCCCAAAUUCCCGACUCGGAGAGGGGGAGAAAAGAAGGGGAGAAGCGCCAAACAAAAUAAUUCUUAGCUUUCAGCAAAACAAUAACUUUGGGAAAAUAAUUUACUUCAAAUACAAAUUCAAUGAGAUAGGCGUAACGGAACGCGUCUCCAGCAAGAAUCCGCUAUUUGUAAUUCAACAUUCUGAUUCGGAAUACCUAAAACCACGGAUUGAGUGCCGCAGCAACACUGAAUGAAACAAAGUUGCGUAAAAAAAAACAGAAUGGAAACGAUAAUGCGAAUCACGUGGGCACUUCUUCCACUUGGUCUUCUACUUCACUGUACUGAUGCUAAUCCAAAGCAACAACCCUCAUCCUCUUCAUAUACAGCCUCUAUCACCGCCACAAUUACAGCUGGCGUCACAGCCACCCCGUCACCGAUAUCAACUCAGGUGACUAGUGUAGCCUCUAACACAGCCACCCCGUCACCGAUAUCAACUCAGGUGACUAGUGUAGCCUCUAACACAGCCACCCCGUCACCGAUAUCAACUCAGGUGACUAGUGUAGCCUCUAACACAGCCACCCCGUCACCGAUAUCAACUCAGGUGACUAGUGUAGCCUCUAACACAGCCACCCCGUCACCGAUAUCAACUCAGGUGACUAGUGUAGCCUCUAACACAGCCACCCCGUCACCGAUAUCAACUCAGGUGACUAGUGUAGCCUCUAACACAGCCACCCCGUCACCGAUAUCAACUCAGGUGACUAGUGUAGCCUCUAACACAGCCACGCCGUCACCGAUAUCAACUCAGGUGACUAGUGUAGCCUCUAACACAGCCACCCCGUCACCGAUAUCAACUCAGGUGACUAGUGUAGCCUCUAACACAGCCACAAUCACGACAGCCAGAGUCACACCCAGGACCAGCAUUGUUACUGCCGUGGGUACUGCUGGAACGGGGGCCUCUGGGUCCUCAGGAACCCUCACUCAGACCACCCCGGACACUACAGAAGAAGUCACAGAGGUUUCAACUACAACAUCGGAUGGCCCAACCCCAUGGUCAGCAUCGUCCUUUCCUUCCCAUCCCCCUCCACAUCCAGCCGUGUGGGUUCAGGCAGCAGUCUUGCUACCACCACGACCAGCACACAGGGAAGGAUGGUGUCUACAACCACGGCUGAGACUACAACUCCUCCCAAGACCUUUACGUUUGUCAAGUCCCAAAAUGGAGAGAAUUACGAGAGGAAGGACCUGGAGGAGCUGUGUCGACAGCUGAUGUCUCAGAUGCACGACGCUAACUGUACUCUGACUGUGAGAGAGAACAACGGACACACUACCUUUGACAGCGUGGUAAUGACCGGUAAAGUGGACAAUUCUGUCGUGCAGCAAUACUACGAGGAAAUCACCAGAAAACCAAGCGACAACAUGACCCUGAUUGCCAUCUUGGCAUCCUGCGGAGCUCUGCUGGCCAUGAUUGUAGGCUUCGCCAUCUACGCCUCAUACCACCGCAAGUCCUACCGGAAGAACCUCCAACAACACCUGACGGAGGAGCUGCAGACAGUGGAGGACGGUUACCAUGACAACCCCACAUUGGAGGUGAUGGAGGUGCAGCCGGAGAUGCAGGAGAAGAAGGUGGCUCUGUACGGAGAGUUCAACGACAGCUGGAUUGUCCCCAUCGACAGCCUGCUCAAAGAGGACAUGCCAGAUGAGGAGGAUACUCACUUGUAGAGGAGUGGAACAGACAGGGGUGCUACUAUAAUCCCUCGACCAACUGACUCUCCCUUCCCUGCACCGUUACAAGGGCCAUGUUUAGUAGAGGGUUCUAGCUCCCAACGUUGCAGGUAGAAAUGUAUUAUAUAUAGAAUAUAUACACAACUUUAAAUAAUGGUAUUUGAGAAUUGCACAAUGCAUUUCUAUCCGCAACACUUUUAAUGUUCCUCCCCACUGAACCAGACCCAAGGCAACGACAGACACCACCUGACAAAUCUGGAGAAAAUAAACACCCAGAUGACAGGUUCUGGAAACCCAUCCGGCCUAAAACGGGUGUCUGAGUCCCAUCGCUGUGGCCAUGGAAAAGUAACAGGCCAUUUAGUGGAUACUACACCAAGCAACAUUGUGUCUAGUUUUAGGAGAUAUUCAAUAUUUGGGAAAUGUAACUCUCAAACAUACACAAUCCCAUUUUAAGAGGCAUUGAGCGUUUAAGGUACUUGAUGUACCGCUUCACAGUUAUUGAUUUAAAUUGGGAAAACCAAAAUCAGGGUGGAGUUUAUGAAGUGGUCUAAACUAAAAUCUGCAUGUUUUUAUGCUGUAAUCAACAUAAUCCCCGAAAGUGCAUUGAAUUGUACACUUGAGCACCUGUACAUAUUAUUUUCUUAUAUUUUCAGAGAAAAUGGAAGCUGAAACUUUGUAAACUGUAACACUGCCUUUAUGGUUAAAUCUCAAUAGUAUUGAUUUAGAGAAAAUGACCUCAGGAUAAAGUGAAAUAAUCAUCCUGGUGAAUGAAUUAAACUACUAGUGAAUCUCAGCUCUGACGACCUGGCAUUGGCUGCUGUAUAGAAGCCAUUUACUGGUUCUACUGAGCACAGUGAACCACACUAAUGAAACAACGGGCUCCAUGGAGACGCUGCUGGGACGGGAGCGUCUACAGAUAUGAAGGGGGAAAAAAAACACUGUAAAUAGUCGUUUGAAAAUUCUAAAGAACUUGACCUAGGACCAGUUUCCUGGACAUAGAUAAAGCCAACCCUUGGACUUAAGAGCCCUUUCAACUAUGCUUUUUAGUCUAGGACUGUGGUUGCUCUGUAUCAGGGAAGCUGGCCCCUAAAGAUACAUAUUUUCUUGUUUGCUGAUGUUGAAGGUUACAUAGGCACAUUUUAUUUGUUGUUUGUUACAUUUCUAUUCAGUUGAUUUGACAAAAAAGGGUAUUUAAAUAUCCAUGUGAUUAUCUGGCAAAAUGUAUUCCAAUUCAUGUAUAAUUCACAUGGACACAAUAAUCCCCAAUUAUAUUUAAGCUGUAAAAAAACACCAAACAAUCCACCACUUAUUCUUGUGUCGUUUGUCAUUAGUUCUGUACAGUCGCUCACUCGUAUUUUAUUUCUUUUACACGAAAAUAUUUAGCAGUUGUAUGUAUUUAUGGUUUGUUUGCUGAUGAAGCCAAACAACAGGGGGUCUGACACACUGGAAGCUGUGCCUCGUCUAUCAUGACCAGGGCAGCCAUGUUUUCUUAUACCAAUAAAGAUUUGCCAAUAAAACACACUUCUUUCAAA